AUGAGUAAAAGACAAAUUGAGUCAGAUUCAGAUAUAGAUGUCAGUUCAACUGAUGAAUCAGAUACAGAACAACAACCACAAGAAAAUGAUGUUGAUAUGGAAGAAACAGUAAAUGUUGAUUUUGAUUUUUUUGACUUAAAUCCAGAAGUUGACUUUCAUGCAACCAAAAAUUUCUUAAGACAAUUAUUUGGAGAUGAUCAUAAUGAAUUUGAUAUAAGUGGGUUAUCUGAUUUAAUUUUGACUAAAAAUUCAGUGGGGACAUCAAUCAAAACAGAGGGUGAACAAAGUGAUCCAUUUGCACUUUUAAGUGUAGUAAAUAUAACUAAUAAUUUAUCACAACCAAGUAUAAAAAAGCUAAUUGACUAUAUUUUGAAAAAGACAAAGAACCAAAUGGAAUUUAAUAUUACUUUAAAAAAGUUAUUACAACCAAAAGAUCAAAAAAAAUCAUCAAGAAUUGGAUUAAUUAUAAGUGAAAGAUUGAUAAAUAUGCCAAUAGAAGUUGUACCACCAAUGUAUAAAAUGUUAUUAGAAGAAAUGCGAAAAGCAGAAGAUGCAAAUGAAAGAUUUGAAUUUGAUUAUUUUUUGGUUGUAUCAAAAGUUUAUCAAUUAGUAGAUGCAGUUGAAAAAGAUGAUGAUGAUGAAGAAAAAAAUAAAAAGAAAAGGAAAACUCCUAAACAUGAACCAAAACCAAUAGAAAUGGAUUAUUUCCAUUUAGAAGAUCAAAUAUUGGAACAAAAUGCAUUGUAUAAAGGAAUUUUUGAUUAUAAUAAUAAAAAUAAACAAGAAACUGAUUCAAGAAGAGUAUUUACAGAUUAUGGUAUUGAUCCAAAAUUAAGUAUAAUAUUGUUAAGUAAAGAUAACUUAGCAAAAUCAGUAAAAGAAAUGCAAGAACAAUUUCCAGCUCCUUGA